AUGCUUCAUGAGUUGACCAGCAAGAGGAAAUUGGAGGAGGCCAAGGCUUUGUUCGAUCAGAUGCCACACCACAGCUUGAUGCUGUGGAAUAUGGUUCUUACUGCUUAUGCUCGAUCAGGGUAUCUCGAACAAGCAAGAAUUUGCUUUGAGCAAAUGCCGCAAAAAGACAUUGCAAUUUAUAACUCAAUGCUGACAUCGUAUGGUCGUGCUGAUGAAGCUGCUAAAGCUAAUCAACUGUUUGAUAAAAUGCCAGCGUGGGAUUCUGUAUCCUGGAACUCAUUACUAGCAGCAUAUGCCUGCAUUGGGGAUGUAAGCAAGGCAAAACGAGUGUUUGAUAAGAUGCCAGAGAAAAUUUUAGUGUCAUGGAACACGCUUCUCACAGCUUACGUUCAAAACCAAAAUGUUUCUGAUGCAAUCUUUAUAUUUCAUGGAAUUCCUGUCAGGGAUUUGAUCACUUGGAACGUAAUGCUAUCAGCGUAUGCUCAUGAAGGGCAUAUUCAAGAUUGUUUUAAGGUAUUUCAAGAGAUGCCUGAGAGGGAUCAGGUCAGCUGGAAUUCGGUGCUGGGAGCAGUUUGCUCUAGCCCAGAACAUAUCAACCUAGCGCUACAAAUUUUCCAUCUCAUCCCCAAGAGAACGCUCAGCUCCUACAACACACUACUCCACUGUCUGUGUGAAGCUGGUCUCGUUGUCAAUGCAAGAGAGCUGUUUGAUCGAAUGCCCGAGCGAGAUCUCCUCACUUGGAACACGAUGAUUGCCACAAACUCUGGAGAUGGCUCGAUCGAUCAAGCAGAAAAUGUCUUUAACCAGAUGAAAGAGAGAAGCUUGGUGUCGUUUACGUGCAUGAUCAAUCUCUACUCCCAAGCCGGGAAUCUGGACAUGGCCAAGAACAUUUUCUUUACCGAGAUGCCAUACUGGGAUUUAAUCUCUUCCAGCGCAAUGCUAACAGCGUUAUCUCGUCACGGGGAUUUGAUCAAAGCCGAGUAUUUGCUCGAAAAAAUCCCGAGGCUUGAUAUGGUGCUCUUGACGACAAUGAUCGGACUAUACGCGCAAAGUGGACAGAUAGAGAUAUCCAAAACACUAUUUAUUUGCCCUUUUCUUUCAGACAAGGAUGAAAUUUUCUGGAAUUCAAUGCUAACAGCAAUUGCCGUAAAUGGGCAAUUGCAGCAAACAGAGAGUUUCUUCCAGGUUAUACCCAAUAAGGGUGUUGUGACAUGGACAUCACUAAUGACGUGUUAUGCCAUGCACGGGUACGUGGAUAGGGCGAAAGCGAUAUUUGUUUUGAUGCCCGAGCACGAUGCAAUUGCUACAAACACGAUGCUCGCUGCAAUUACCCUAACUGGGGAUAUUCCAAAAUGCCUGGAGUUCUUUCACGCGAUCCCGGCAAGGAGCUCCACCUCAUGGAGCACUGUGAUUGCUGCGCUUGCUAGGGCGGACGAUACUUUCGAUCGCGCCAGGGAUCUCUUUGACAGGAUGCCAGUAGCCUUCAAGCGACCAUGGAGUGGGAUGAUGGGGGCUUGCUGCCGCAAGGGCGAUUGGCGCGGCGUGAUGGAUCUCUUCUCGGAGAUGAGCAUGCUCGAAUCGCCCGACGAGCUGUGCUUCGUGGCGCUCUUGAUCGCUUGCAGCCAGCAAGGAGGACUGAGUGAUGGGAGGGCGAAAUUCGCGUCGAUGGGCAGGGAUUUUGGAAUGGCGGCCACGAAGCAGCACUAUAGCUGCUUGAUCGAUCUCCUGGGUCGCGCAGGAUACCUCGGGUUUGCGAAGAAUCUGAUAGAGAGCAUGCCAUUCUUCGCCGAUAGCUCGGAUUGGCUGUGUCUUCUCGGAUCCUGCAUCAAAUUCAAGGAUUUCGGCAUGGCGAUCUACGCGGCACGGCAGAUCCUCCACUUAGAUCCACGAAAUCCCAGAGCCUAUGUGUUCUUGGCCAGCAUUUGUAGUAGUCAAGAGCCCUAG